AUUCUCCCGAAGCUCAUAUGCGUUGCGAGGUCGGCGGAUGAUCGAUCAGAGCUCGACGGCGGCGGCGAUCGGUGGAUGGUGUCCGCCUUCUUCUUCUUCUCCUCCUCCUCCUCGCCAGGCGGAUUGCCGGAGAAUGAAUGCUCGUCUGUCACCAGGUCCCGUCACACCGCGGAAAUGUCGAGGAUUUUAGGCAGGGGGGAUUGCGCCGGCGCAUCCUUCAUGCGGAGCUCGUGGGGAGGUGAAGGAUGAGACUGGGUGGGUGAGCUGGGCGGGAAGCAGGGGCGAGGAGAUCGAGCGCGCGAUGGAUCAAGGGCCCGACGAGGGCGAGAAGAAGGAUUUCCAACAGCACCUGAAGCCCCCCGGGUGGAAAGCGGCAUGGGAGCAAGCGCAGGAGGCGGUGUUGCCGUCGAAGGAGACCAAGCGCGCGGCCAACAAUCUGGUGUGGUGCGAGCAGGCGCAGCAGAGCAUGGGGUGGCUGCUGCUGACGCAGAUCGGAGUGCUGCUCGGCUCGUUCGGGCAGCUCAUGUCGCAGAGCGUGUGCCUCUCGAGCUGGGGGAUCUUCACCCUCGAGGCCAUCCUCAAGUACUUGCGCAGCUGGGCGCACUCCCUCUACUUCCGCGAUGUUCCUUGCGCCAUCGUCGCGCUCCACGACAAUAACCACGAAAUCGCUUCCGCCUCCCUCAGGAAGUUCGGCCGUUUCGUGCUAGUGGGCACUCUAUGCGAAUUGCCGCUCUACGCUUAUUACGUCAAGACCACCGUGAAAUUCUGGCACGCGAAUCGCUAUUGCUACCACGAAGGCGCGGCAUGUACCGAAGGCACGACCCGUCUGAUCGAGAUGCUCAUGAUCGCCAUGGUCAUCGCGUGCCUGCACUGGUUCUCGAGCCUGGUCACCGUGGGGGCCUUCAUAUAUGCCAUGGGGAUGGGCAUCGGGGCCUGCUUGCCCCGAUGUCUCUCUCGAUUAUUCAGGAAACGGGACGAGAAAGAUCGGCUCAUGUGCCUGACCUGGUGGGUUCACCUGGCCCGGCAUCGGCAUCUGUCGGCCGUGGUGGCCAGCGCGCAGCCCUCCGACUGCGGCCUGCCGGGCCACUGGUUCAAGAGCAAGAAGGAGCUCUUCAGUAUCGUCGAGGAAUGUGACAAAGGCGACCACGUCCAUCUCGACACGUCGCGCCUGCUGUGGGUGUCGCAGGAGAUGGCGCUGCGGGCUCUGAUCAGCUUGGCCAAGCAGAAGAAGCUCGACGGAGACGACGAUUUUCCGCUCCUGAUGCGCGUCGUGCGCGACGGGAGAACCGAGUUCUGCCGCGGCCUGGCGGCGACCGCCAUCGCCGUGCUGACGACGCAGCCCGAUGUGCUGCCGGUGGACAGACUGAUCAAGGCCGUGGUGCCGCUGAAGCGCCUCGCCCGGUCAGAGGCCGUCGAGCACGUCGAGGUCGCCCUCGGGGCCCUGCUGAAUGCCUCGCUCCACGAGAAUUCCCACGAGAAAAUCAUCGUGCCCAUUCUCGAGAGCAACGAGUUCGGCAGCAGAUUCAUGUCGUGCCUCAUUAAGCACGCCGACAUCGGCCACACCACGCUCUGUCAAGAGCUCGCCGUCGGCUUAUUGAGCCGCCUGGUCGGGUCCACGAAAGGGAAGAGCGCUCGGACGGCGCUCAUGUCGUACAAGGACGAGCAGGGAGUAGUCCGAGGCGUGCAGCUCUGCACCGACUUGAUCAAGCACGGCGCGACGUCUCCGAUCAAAGCCGGCGGGGCGGCAGUUCUCGCCGAGAUCGCCUACUUGGAAGACUCGGAGCUGAGGGGACAACUGGCGAGCGACCCUCACAUCGAGGAGUGCAUUGAGGCGCUGGUCAAGGCGCUCGAGGCGGAGCAGACCAUCGCCUUCUCGGCCGUCAAGGCCUUGUGCAGCCUGGCUUACAACAACCAGGAAGUCAUAGCCACGAUCGUCAAGGCCGGAGGCAUCAGUUCACUGGUGAAACUGCUUAGUAACGACCAGAUCCCCCGCGAUGAAGACAAGAGAUCGACCGUCACUCCUGUAAAACCUCACCUCGAAGAGGAUGAUCGAAGCCAUGUCGUUCGAAGCGAUGCGGCCAGGGCUUUGGGAAUCCUGGCUUCCAACAAUUCCGAGCACCAAAGGCGGAUCACAGAAGAGGGAGCGAUUCCUCUGCUGACAACUCUGAUGGCCAGUAAAAUUCCCAAGGUGCAGGUCCAAGCGUUGGCUGCUCUGUCGGGUCUUUCCUUCCAAAACCAGUCCAUUAUGGAUACGUUCGGCAUUGGGAAAUUCUUUAAGAAACUCAUGAUUGUUCUCAGAUCAAAUGAAGACCAUGAAUCCAUGGCCGAGGCUAUUGUGGAGGAAGUCGCUCGUGUCACCAUAAAUCUGAUCGAGAGGAAUGAGUCGAAUCGGCUGGAGGCUCUGAGCCAGGGCGUGAAGGAGCAACUUCGAGAUUGCAAGGAUAGAAAUAAGCCCGACGGGAGAGCCAUGCAAACCGUCGAAGAGGCUUUAAAUAUCUUAUCGGGUAAACAACUGACAUGAUCAGGUCCAGCCUUUCUUCAUGAUCCAAACAUGCCCCGUCCUUGAUACCGACCUGCAAUGGCAUGGCGGGAACGGUAGUCAUAGCGCGAUUCAGUUGUGUCUGUUUGGGUUCGGUGAGAGAAAGAAUAGUAGGCAGUCGAAAAAUUCGACAGUACGAGAUGAACUCCGGCAGUGCUCCGAAGUGAGAAAUCGGCUAAGAAGCCACUGACGCAUUUGGUUCUCCGCGGAUUUGGUUUCGGGUGAUGAGAAUUUGUUUUUAUUUGUUUGUACGGUAUACAGAAAUGAGAAAAGUUCUCUUAAUCAGGUAACUAAGCGCUGAAACAAACCAAACCCAGUUCUCUUCCAUUUGAGAGUCGCUAAGGUUCUGAGGACUAAACUACGGAGAACCUGAAGGUGGACGGUUCGUAUAUAUUCUGUCUGAAGAGAGAACAUUAGCAGGGCACACAUUAAAACAAAAGCUUGUAAUGUACACAUCGUACAUACGAUUUCUGCGGAACAUGCACUGUAAAGCUCGACGCAAACAUCGAAUAAAAAGGUUGUAAUUUACACAUUGAAC